AUGUGUCGGGAAUCUCCAGAGCACAGGCACCACACUGCUGUUCUCCUGGAGAAGGCUGCCCGGCCUUAUCAGGUAUCCCUGAAGAAGUUCUGGAUGGAAAAGCACGUCAGUCUUACAAUCAAAAGCAUAGAAGAAUUUUCUGAUAAAUUUCCUUCUUUGGAGAAAGGACUGAAGGAAAGCAAAAUUGAUGAGGUGAGGGAUCUGGGAUAUAAAACAAUGAAGAUCAUCCUGAAUUCUCAGACAGCCAAUGGCUACCUCUCAGUGUCUCCAAACGGGAAGAGCAUGAUAUUCACUGGCUUGUGGAUGAACAAAUACCAACGCGGUCAGCAAUUUGAUCCUGAGCCUGCUGUGCUGGGCAGUAAGGGUUUCACCUGGGGGAAAGUGUACUGGGAAGUGAAAGUGGAUAGGAUCUGGUGGGGAGCAGAGGAGAAAGAAGCAGUGAAAUAUAGAGGUGGGACCAGAGGCGUGUUUGGCAGCAGCUAUCUUGAUGGGUUUCUUGGCAUCACUGAUAGGUAUAGAUCUCCUCUAUAUAGAAAUGAGAGUGAAGAGCUGGAGGAAGAAUGGUCUCAGGAAAAUGGAAUAUGGCCCAAAUUCUGCUUGGUGGGGGUGACAAGAGAGUCAGUGGUGAGAAGAGGCUCUCUCACUUUCAUAACUGAGGAGGGAUUCUGGACUCUGCAGUUGUCUUCAGCUGGGGUCUGUGUCUGCACCAGUGCCGAGCCUUUCCAGGUCCUGUCCUACUGUCCUAGGCAGAUUGGCAUUGCCCUGGAUUAUGAGGGAGGGAAGGUAACCUUUACCAACACCAGAACUCAGGAUAUUAUCUACGAAUUCUCACCUUCCUUCACUGGGAGAAUUUUUCCUUUCCUGUGGCUUAAUUGCAUGAGAUCCAGACUUACACUGAGACCCUGA